UGGCGGCCGGUUUUAAGGCGACAGGACUAAAGCAGCGACGGACCUGAGGGACGGAGGGACAGGGGGAAGGGAGGGGACAUGAAAACCUCACAACUACCAGCAUGUCCUGUCUUAACUGAUACAGGGUUGAAUUCACGCUCAUUGUGUUCAUUGGUGAAAGGCUGGACUAUUUUCUGGUCUUCACACAGGUCGGGUUUUACUGUGAGGAACCAGUGAGUGAAGAAGUCCGUCAGCGCUCGAGCUGUCAAUCAGGAUUAACGGUCACUUUAAAAUCCCUUAGCGCGAGCUGACGCCGUGACUGGUGAUAACGGCGCUGAGGCGCUCACUUGUCAACACUGGACGGUAAAAAAAGGAACAAAUACUGUUUUGUUGGUGGAAUUUGAGGUAAAAGAGGCACAUUUUGCGGGAGUUCUGUGGUAAAAGAGGUUGUUAGCGCAAUGUUAGCACGGCGAGUGAAGUAAAUAAAUAUAUAACCGAAGCUGAGAGAGAGUUUGCGCCUCAGUCAGUCAGUCAGUCAGUAGUGUUUAGAAACACAAACAUUGCUUCGACAGCGUCUGUCACAGGAGCGAAACAGGAAUAAAACAAAAAUAUUGAUAUUAUUUAUUCCAAAAGCGAACUUUAUUUGAAGUGCGAACCAAGAAGGAACCUAAUAUCUGUUUUAAAACCCACAAGCCACCGUUUUGGAAGCCGACAUGGACCUGAAGGCGCUGGGCUCUUUGCUGCUCCUGCCUGUUCAGAUUCUCUGCUGCACCAUAAAAGCAACCCUGCGCUUCUUCAUCCCGGGCAAACGGAGGGACCUAUCCGGGGAUGUGGUGCUCAUUACCGGGGGAGGACGCGGCAUCGGGCGCCACCUUGCCCGCGAGUUCGCAAAGUGCGGGGCAAAGAAGCUGAUCCUGUGGGGCCGCACUGAGAAGUGCCUGAAGGAUGCAUGUGAGGAGAUUUCUCUGAUGGGCACCGAGUGUCACUACUUCAUAUGUGAUGUGGCCAACCGGGAAGAGGUGUAUAAGCAAGCCAAAGUGGUUCGAGAAAAGGUCGGGGAUGUCACCAUUCUGGUGAACAAUGCUGCAGUGGUGCACGGAAAGAGUCUGAUGGACAGCGACGACGACGCCUUGCUGAAGUCGCAGCAUAUCAAUACAAUGGGCCAGUUCUGGACUGCAAAAGCAUUCCUGCCUCGUAUGCUGGAGCUGCAGCACGGCCACAUCGUCUGCGUGAACUCCAUCCUGUCUCUGUCACCCAUACCUGGCACUAUAGACUACUGUACUUCUAAAGCCUCGUCUUUAGCCUUCAUGGAGAGCUUGACCUUGGGACUUUUAGAUUGCCCUGGAGUGGGAUGUACCACAGUGCUGCCCUUCCACACCAACACGGAGAUGUUUCAGGGCAUGAGAGUGAGGUUCCCCAACCUGUUUCCUCCACUCAAACCAGAGGUGGUUGCUCAGAGAACGGUGGAUGCAGUCCGGACCAAGAAAGCCUUUGUUUACCUUCCAUGGACCAUGAACGCACUGAUUAUGCUUAAAAGUAUCUUACCACAGAGCGCUCUUGAGGAAAUCCACAGGUUCUCCGGAACCUACACCUGCAUGAACACCUUCAAGGGACGGACAUAAGAACCACGACGGAUCAUUUUAUCAUUAAAUAAGGAGUGUGUUACACUUUAUCGUGCUGGCACAUUUGCGAUCAGUGGAAAGUCCAUGUGCCAGCCAGUGAGCCAGAGAUCCUGGCACAGAUUUCUAGAGACUCUGAACAAAGGAGAAAAACUGGCAUAAUGUGGCAUGUUGCAACAAAGCUUGUUCAGGCUGCAGGACUGGUCUGCCUCGGCUCAUGCGUGUUUCUAAAUGAACUUAGAACCCACAGUGAACAGAGACUGGGUACGAACACAAAACAGCCUCAGUGCUGCUGUACUUGAUUUGUAAUUAACAUUUUCUAAUGGCAAGUCGUAUGUGAUGAACUAAUGGGUCUGUAAAUUGUUAAUUUGAAUAAAUUCAGCUUUGAGAUAUAA